UAUGGUACCCACACAGACACACGCGCGCGCGCAAGAGGAGAGAAAGCGCGGCUGCAGAUCAGACUCUUUGUUAUUUUACACACUGAUCUCCAGUCUCCACAGACCUCAAAACACACAAGGGCUGAGAUGUCGCCGAUCCCCGCCAUCUGACAGGAGUGCCUCGUGUCGCACUGCUCGCUGUAUGAUCGUGAAGUGUGUGUUGUAUGUUUAUUCGGAUGCGCUGGUGUAAGAUCGAGUGCGCUGUAUGGUGCGUCUGCCAUCUGGACUCACACCGCUAGCUCGCUAGCAUCAGGCUAGCCGAAAAUUAUCAAAACAUAAGUGACUGAGAAGGAAUAAAAUCCCGUUUCCAUGGACAACACGUCCAUCAUUACCCAGGUAGCAAAUCCAAAGGAGGAAGAGAUCCUUUCUUCUUGUCAAGAAAAAGUCUCCCAGUCCAACAGCAGUUUAAAGAAACACAGGAACAGAAGUAUCUUUAGUCCCUUCUUCUGCUGUUUCCGGGACUAUAAUGCGGAACCACCAGCCACUAACAACAAGACCUGCUCCCUCCCUCCACCUGCUGAGGAAAACAGCAGCCCUCCAAAGUGUGAUCAGGCCCAGGUCAUCCCUAUUCCCAUUGCUCCAGCCAAAUACCUCUUACCUGAGGUCAGCAUUAAUGAUUACGGCAAGAACUGUGUGGUCAUUGACCUGGACGAGACCCUCGUGCACAGCUCCUUCAAGCCCAUCAGCAACGCAGACUUUAUAGUCCCUGUGGAGAUUGACGGAACAGUUCAUCAGGUCUAUGUGCUGAAGAGGCCUCACGUGGAUGAGUUUCUGCAGAAACUGGGAGAACUGUUUGAAUGUGUUCUUUUUACAGCCAGCUUGGCUAAGUAUGCCGACCCUGUAGCAGACCUGUUGGACCGGUGGGGCGUGUUCAGGGCACGGCUCUUCAGGGAAUCCUGUGUGUUCCACCGGGGGAACUACGUCAAAGACCUCAGCCGACUGGGCCGAGAGCUCAACAAAGUCAUCAUAGUGGACAACUCACCUGCCUCCUACAUCUUCCAUCCAGAAAACGCUGUGCCGGUGCAGUCGUGGUUUGAUGACAUGACAGACACUGAGCUGCUGGAUUUACUGCCACUGUUUGAAGGCCUGAGCAAAGAGACAGACGUUUACAGUGUGUUACAGAGCCUGAGGGCCAGGUAGCAUACGGGUCCAGCACUGCCUUGCAAACAUGAACACCCCCUCCAACCAUCUCAGCCUGAGCCAUCAUUCAGCUCUGGCCUCUAGAGGAGACCACUCACCCAACGAACUCCACUCCUCCCUCAUUGGACCAACGGCCAACAAGCAAAUAUAUACACUCAGUUUAUUUCAACUUUUCAUUCAGAAUGAAGAAAACAAAGCAUUGUUUUAUAACAGAAACACACGAGUUUACUAUCCUUGAGUAUGUUUACCAGGAAAAAGAACAAGGCGUGCUAUUUUUCUGGACUUUUUUUUCUUUUUUGUUCAGGCUAUGCAGGCAGCCGGUAGUUCCAAUAACUGUGAUUUUUUUUUUUUUUUUUUUUUUUUUUCCUCGUUCUCUCGUACCGCACGAAGUGCCUUCUGACUGUUGUUUUUAUGGGGACACACACAAAUGAGUUUUUUGUAUGCUGCAUAUUUACAAUUCAAAACCUUUAAACAAACACUAACUGUAAGAGCGAACGGUGAGUCUUUUAAAAUUCCUGAAGACUUUUCGGUGACGGUCAGGAGUCUUCAUUGGACUGAAUUAUUUUUUGCCAUUAUUUUCUUGGGUUCUUGUAUGCCUUCGAAAAUAUAGCAUAUAAGCAUUGUGUUCAAAAGAAACGUUUGCAUCUAUUACCCAACUGUGAUUUGAACUAAUAAUACAAUAUAUUGUUAAAAAAAAAAAAAAAAAGUCAAUCAACAAUCCAGUCCGUCAGGAUCUGAAAUUAAUAAUCAUCAUUAUUGAAAUAAAAGAUGCAAUCAAAAUAAAGAAUGGCUGACAUGUUUAUGUCUAUUUGUGUGCAUUACACUUGAGUAAGUUCCAAAGGGAUGCUGGGAAGCAGAUUACACACAAAAAGUCCAUUGUGCAGGACCUUUACAGCACAAUGAUUUUAAAUAUGCUUGGUUCUCCUCAACAAGAUUUGUAUAAAGAAUCGAGCGCACAGAAAUGUGGGCUGUGUGAAAUAUAGUUAAUGAUCAAACUCUGAGUGCCCGGUUAGUUUGCUGCAUGAUUUACCACCAACUUUAAGCGGUUCACUUACAGAGCAACAACCAAAAGGCCUGUGACUGUAAAUAUUCAUUUUUGGUGUUAAAGCUUAGGAAAAAGGUUUUUUUAGCGAUGGAAAUAUAUGUGGUGGCGGUCAGUUGUCCAUUUAUACAUUGUUAAAUUAUUGUAUCUGUUGACCUUGGACUCUGAGAAAGGUAAGAUGGUUUUCGCAUUAUUUCACAAAUAUUUAAUAUUUUAUGUCUCAGUUAACACUGUAAAAAUGAUAUGUAAAAUAAUCUGACCUGACCUUACUCUUUUGUUGGUGUAACUUAAUGUAAUCAGAUUGAUUUAGUCAUUAAAUAAUUUCUCUGACCAAAAUUUGGUUAGGUGACAAAACAUUUUACGAUGUAUUUGUGCUGUUAGAAAUUCAUGAUCUCAACGAUUCAGACUCAACUUCAGAAUAUCCAAAUAUGGUAGCCUAACUACAGUAGGAACCCCUGUGAAUCACAUGACCUUGAACUCUAUGGAUUGUGUGUUUUGCUUCUUGGAAAUGAAAACAGCGCUGUGUGUUUGAGAGUAUAAAAUUACAUUUUGAAUUUGGGUGCUGUCAGAGAAAUGUUUGCUUAAGGUGUCUCUGGAACAGUGAAUGAAAAGAACAGCUGAAUAUGAGCUCUGUUAUGUUGGGUUGCUUCUCUGGAAAUGAGUCAUAUCUGUUUGCUUUACUAUUGUCAUGAAUGUUUGUCUAUCUCUGUGUGUGUGUGUGUGUGUGUGUGUGUCUAUAUGUAUGCUGUAGGCCUACACACUGUUUUAUGCUGUUUGUGAGGUAAAUACUCUUAAAUCCUAAAGGUUGCUCAUUAUGCAGUGUUAAAUGCUUAUUAAAGUGUUGCUUCAUAAACACUAUAACCGGCUGCUAAAUGACAUUGGGAUAAACAUAAUUAGUUUGCCCAAACCAGUGUCAUUGAGUUUCUUCACAUUAGAAACAUAUAGACAGAUAGAUAAACACUUUUAUUCUUAUACUACUUGUUCGCCCACCUCUUUCUAUCUCCCUCAGACUGGCAUUCUGGCCUGCAAUUAAUGUGAAGCCUCUAAACCUUAAUGAAGCACCAUUUUGCCGCUUACUUAUCUUCAUUUGUUAGCGGCUGAGGGGCCGUAUGCCAUAGGAAGCCUCUGAUAUCUGUCCAAGAGCCUCUCGCAGGGGAUUCGUUCGCUCUGUCUCCCCAUCUGCUGGAGAGGAAGAGAUUAAUCACUGUCUCCUCUCGCUGGCUCUCCUGAGUGUCUGCGUGGCGUUCCCGUCUGAAGCAUUCCUUGUGAUCCGAGCGUGAAAGAGCUGAGACGCAGAGCUGAUGUGAGAGGAAUCCAGAGCGUGAGAGAGACGCACGAGCCUCUCUGACCUCCAUCAACUUCAAACAAGCUUGUUUUAUAACUGAGAGAAUAUGUGAUAAUGAAAGAGAUUCCUACUUCAUGUAAAAGGUUAGUUCAUCUAAAAAAAAAAAAGAAUUAUCAGUUGGCAACACGUAUGCCAUUCUUUUUUCCAUGAAACACAAAAUUUGAAAAUAUCAGUAAUGUCCUGGUCCCUUUUUUAAUGGUUAAUGUGGACUUGUGCUUUCAAGCUUCAAUAAAAAGCUUCAUAAAAGUAGUCCAUAUGAAUCAUGCACUGUAUUCUAAGUCAUAUAAUAGAUAGCAAAAAAUUUAAGUUAUUAUUCAUUGAUAUUCUUCCCUUCAGUGAACUGUUAAAGCAACUGAUAAGUAUGUAGAAAAGAAGCGGAAGCCCUUCGCCUUAUUUGAAGUCCCUCAGAAUGAUUUUAAAAGUGACAUUUCAAGGUAAAAAAAAAAAAGGAUUAUUUCCUUUUGUUUGGCACUUUUUGCAUAAAACUCUUUCUAAAAUGUAUUGAUUUAUUUUCUCAUAGGAUCAUUUUGGAAUUACAGAACAGACAAACAUGUAUAGUUUUAGACUUUAUUAGACAAUUGUUGUUUCUAAAGGUUUAUGUACAGGUACGUAAAAGGUCAAAGGGAGCUCCUGUUUUUAUUCCAUAUAAAGUCUUGUGUGGAUAUUAAGGUGUGUUCUCACCUGUAGGGCUGGACAGAGACGAGCCCUUCCCUGAUCAGCACACAUUAACAAUGUACAGAAGGAGAGGAAAACGCUCAUAGAGAUUCGUCAUAACUCAUUAAUACAUUACUACGCUGACUCUGUGUGAGGCGUACAGAAUCUAGCAGAAUGACAGAAGCCCAGGAUGUGUUAAAAAACAUCCAGCGAAAACCCGGCCUGCAGAUCUGGACCAUCAGU